GCUUGAACAAUAUUUCAUCGCAAAUGAAAUAAAAGACGAAAAAGUGCAAAAAGCAGCGCUGUUAAGUAGCCUUGAUGAAGACGCGUACAAAUUAGCAGCAGAUUUAUGCGUUCCGAAUGUUCCCGAGCAAAAAACGUACAAAGAACUCGUUGAAAGUUUUGAUAAGUAUUUUAUUAAACCAACAUCCAUUUAUUUGGAACGUUACAAAUUUUAUCAAGCUUCUAAGAACGCGUAUGAAACGGUAGCGCAGUGGGCAGCUAGAGUGAAGAAUCUAGGAGCAAAGUGCAAAUUUGGAAAAGAUUGGGAUCAAAUCCUUACGGACAAGUUUAUUUCUGGUUUUGAAAAGGGUGAAAUUCUGGACAAAUUUUUUGAACUGGAAGAAAGUGUUACGUUCGACAAAGCAAUCCUCAAGGCCAUGAAGAAGGAAGUCGGCGUCGGCAGCCAUCAUGGGUCCUCACAAAGGGUGAAAGCAGAGCCAUCUACUUCCUUAUUUCAAAUAAGUGAAGGUCAACGAGGAGGAGGAAGAAGAGGAACGGCUGGUGUCAGUUGGCAGCAGCGGCAGGUCGGCUCACGCGGCGGUAGGUCAAAUGGUACCCAAACCCAGAUGCGAUCGAGCAGGCGCAGCUUCUCUGAGGACAAGAAUAAGGUCGCCGGUGACAGGAAAACAACUUGUGGAGUUUGUGGAAAAUAUGGACAUCUUACAAAAAAUUGUUACAGAGGGUCAAACCAUAGUGGGUACAACCAACUCAAAAAUUGAAGUGAAAAAUAAACCUGAGGCACAUUCACUGGAGGCACCAUACAGCUACACUUGGAGGAGAAUGCCAAGCCUAAAUUUUUUAAGGCUAGACCAAUUCCGUAUGGGAUUAGAAAAAAAGUGGAAGCGGAGAUUCAGAGGUUGGUCAAGGAAAACAUUCUAUAUCCAGUGGACUAUUCGGAAUGGGGUACGCCAAUAGUACCUGUUUGCAAAAAAGAUGGUACCAUGCGUAUAUGUGGUGAUUACAAGGUAACAUUGAAUCCUGUUUUACUUAUUGAUCAGUACCCUUUGCCUCGUAUAGAGGAUUUGUUCAGUCAGUUACAAGGUGGACAACAGUUUACAAAACUAGAUCUCUCUCAGGCAUAUCAACAAAUUUUAUUAGAUGAAAAUUCAAGUAAAUAUACUACUAUAAGUACACAUAAAGGGUUGUUUGCUUAUAAACGUUUGCCUUAUGGGUUAAGUUGUGCGCCAGCUAAGUACCAAAAAAUAAUUGAAAAAGUUUUACAAGGUAUUGAGGGAGUAAUAUGUUUUCUGGACGACAUUUUGAUUACUGGAACUAAUAGUAGUCAACAUUUAGCUAGGGUUGAGCAAGUUUUAAAUAAGCUACAGCAAUUUGGGUUAACUAUUGCCAAAGAAAAAUGUGAAUUUUUUAAGGAUAGUGUUGUAUACUUAGGGCAUAAGAUAGAUAAAAAUGGGUUACAUACGUGUAAGGAUAAGGUAGAAGCGAUUAAACUUAUACCAUAUCCGACAAAUAUUACUCAAUUGCAAUCAUUUUUGGGACUUGUAAAUUAUUAUAAUAAAUUUGUUCCUAAUAGUUCAACUUUAUUAGAACCUUUAUAUAGACUAUUAAAGAAGGGGGUUACAUGGAAUUGGGAUAAUAAUUGUAAAAGGAGUUUUAAUCAGAUUAAAGAAAUAUUAGCUUCAGAUAUAGUGUUAGCACAUUUUGAUCCAGAUUUACCAAUAAAAUUAACUGUGGACGCUUCAUCGUAUGGAGUGGGUUGUGUUCUAUCCCAUAUGUAUCCUAAUGGCGAUGAAAGGCCAAUAGCAUAUGCGUCAAGUACCUUAUCCAAGGCACAGAAAGGUUAUAGCCAGAUUGAAAAAGAAGGACUAGCCAUUAUUUUUGGUAUUAAACGAUUUCAUCAAUAUUUAUACUCGAAAAAAUUUACUUUAGUUACCGAUUGUAAGGUGUUGUUAACUAUAUUUGGUAAAAAUAAAGGUAUUCCUCAAAUGACAGCAAAUCGUUUGCAACGAUGGGCACUAAUAUUGUCAAGUUAUAACUAUGAUUAAGAAUACACAAAAUCACAGAAAAAUAAUGCAGAUUUUUUGUCCAGAUUUCCUGUUAAUAACGAGUUAAUGGAAAAUUUUAAUUAUUCGUAUUUGAAUUAUGUUGAAAAUAACGUAGAUUUACCGGUUGAUUGUGAAUCGAUUAGAAAUGAAACGGAAAAUGAAACAUUACUUAAGGAGGUAAAGCAAUAUAUUAAAAACGGGUGGCCUGUGAGAGUAUCUGGGGAUGUCAAACUGUAUGCCAAAUUUAAAAACAAUUUAAGCCUUGAGAAUGACAUAAUUACGUUUGGAUAUAGAGUGUUAAUACCUCAGAAUCUCCGAAAACAAAUUUUAAAGGAAUUACAUAGCACACAUCAGGGUGCUGUGAAAAUGAAAAGUGUAGCUAGGUCCUAUGUAUGGUGGCCCCAAAUGAAUAGCGACAUUGAAAAAUUAGUUAAAAGUUGUACAUUUUGUUUACCUAAUAAAAGUACACCCCCGAAAGCUUCUUUAAUAACAUGGCCAUUUCCUGAACAGUGUUGGGAAAGAUUACAUGUCGAUUUUUUAGGCCCAUUGUUAGGUAAAUAUAUUUUAGUAGUGGUAGAUGCAUAUAGCAAGUGGGUGGAAGCUUUUGUCACUAAUAACAUGACUUCUGUGACAAUCAUAAAUGUUUUACGCAAUAUUUUUGCAAGAUUUGGACUAUGUAAAUAUUUAGUGGCGGAUA